CUAAGUGCCAAGCCUAACAGUGGAAAUAGUGGAAAGGACCACAUACCUACUGAUGCAGUCAACGGGCUUCUCCUUCUAAAAGACAUUUUCUGGACUCUUGAGAAGUUGUUAUUUUGAGUAACAUGGCAGUGAAGGAUUUCAUCACCUGGCAUCUGCUGGCUUUGUUUUUAAUUCCAUUUUGCAUGUGUCAAGAUGAAUACAUGGAGGUGAGCAGAAGAUCUAAUAAAGCGGUGGCCAAAAUAUUGCAAAGUCACCACCAGACUGGCCAUAAAGGUUCCAGCAGCAGGGAAAUUUUGGGACAGCGGAGUCAACUUAUAGAGUCGACUAUUGAUGUUAAUAGCACUUCUACAGACCAAAAAGCCCAGAGACCAGAGGUAGAUGAUGUAGCACAGACUACCUCAGACAGAGUCCAGCCCCCUCAAAGUGGACCUCAACAGCCAGACUGCAGUAGCUGCUGCCGUGGAGAAUUUGGAUUCCGAGGCUAUCAAGGGCCACCAGGACCUCCAGGGCCUGCUGGAAUGCCAGGAAAUCAUGGAAACAAUGGAAAUAAUGGAGCACCUGGCAAUGAAGGAGCCAAAGGUGACAAAGGAGACAAAGGGGACCUGGGACCAAGGGGAGAUCGUGGCCAUCAUGGACCAAAAGGAGAGAAGGGUUACCCUGGGAUUCCUCCGGAGCUUCAGAUUGCAUUCAUGGCUUCUAUGGCAACCCAUUUCAGCAAUCAGAACAGUGGGAUAAUCUUCAGUAGUGUUGAAACCAAUGUUGGAAACUUCUUUGAUGUUAUGACUGGUAGAUUUGGUGCCCCAGUGAAUGGGGUGUAUUUCUUCACCUUCAGCAUGAUGAAACAUGAAGAUGUGGAGGAAGUGUAUGUGUACCUCAUGCACAAUGGCAAUACAGUUUUCAGCUUAUAUAGCUAUGAAUCAAAAGGAAAAGCUGACACAUCAGGAAACAGUGCAGUGCUAAAACUUGCCAAGGGAGAUGAAGUUUGGCUGCGAAUGGGGAAUGGAGCCCUCCAUGGAGAUCACCAGCGUUACUCCACCUUUGCUGGGUUUCUUCUUUUUGAAACAAAGUAAAAAAAAAAAAAAAAGUGCACUUUUAGGCAGCUUUUUUUUCAAGCUGUUUUCUUUUUUUUCCUGGUCUGUGGCAUAACAUUUCAACAAGGUAGGAUCAGGAAGGCUUAUCCUGAUGCAUUAUGUUAGUAUUCAUGUAUCAGAAGUGCUGAACACAUUGGGUAAAUGACAUAGAUGUUAUUUCUCUGAAGGUACAUUGUCACUUGGGUUGCACCUAAUGGACCAUUACAUUGAUUCUAUUGGUGGUGGGGGGGACUGGUGGAAAAAAGGGGGAGAAAAGGUUUUAAAGAAAUUAUUUAGAAAGUGGUUUGGGCAGUUUGACCCAAAUUUGGUGUAUAGAUAGAUUUUGUUCAGUAUGUCAGGAACUAUACAAUCCUAAAUUCGUAGUCCUCGAUUCAUUCAUUUAUUCAGUCCUCCAUAGAAACUGGCUGUGAAUAACUGAGUUGGCUCAGUUUUAGGUGAGAGGGGACUUAGAGGAAUAGGCUUAUACUGAACUAGAAAAACUUUUUCAAAUAGAAAAAAUGUGGAAAAAAGGUAUUUAGGGAUUCAGGUGGUUGCCCCACCCUCUUGAACCUUUUUACGAUGAUGUUGGUGACUUUAGUACAGUUUUCUAGUACGUAUUUACCUGCUUUAAGAAGCAAUGGUAGGAUUUCUUAGCUUAAGAGCAGCUCAAGGCAGAGGUUCUUUGGCCUGUGUUAUGUAGGAGGUCAGACUAGAUAAGCAGUUUUCAACCAGGGGUCCAGUCCAGGGCCCCCUGUGGGGCCACAAGCAGGUUUCAGGGCACCUGCCAAGCAGGGCCGGCAUUAGACUCAUUGGGGCCCAUGACAGAAAGCCGAAGCUGCGCUGUGCAGGGCUGAAGCCCGGGGCCCUAAGACCUGCCACCCGGGACUGAAGCCAAAGCCUGAACUUAGCUUCAUGGGGUCCCCUGUGGUGUGGGGCCUCAGGCAAUUGCCCUUUUUGAUACCCCCUAAUGCCAGCCCUGGCUUUUAUAUGCAGAAAAAGAGCUGUUGUGGCACAGGUGGGCUGUGGAGUUUUUAUAGCAUGUUGGGGGAAGCCUCAGAGAGAAAAAGAUUGAGAUCCCCUGGACUAAAUGAUCAUAAUGGUCCUUUCUGGCCUUCCAAUCUAUGAAACUUGGUAUAGCAGGGUACUAGAUUUCAGGACUUGGGCAUAUUGCCAGAGAUGUUUGGAAUGCUCAAACAGCACCACCAGCUGGGGAAGCAUGUAUCUCAUAGAGCUCUUAAUAGGAUGUACAUUUUAAUACCCUCAAGUUUACUUACCAGUGGAGUGCUACCAUUUUCCUCCCAGUUUUUCUGGAAGUUAUGCCUUGAGGAUCCAUCCAGUAUUUCAGAAAGGACAUUGUGCUAUGGCAAACAAGUAGCUACACUAGUACAGUAUGUAGCUGAUAAAUUGAAACUUUAGCUGGUUCAGUAGACCUGGCCACACUAAGCCUGGCUCUGGCCAUUUUUGUUAUUCCACAGUCUUCAUGAACAUUAACAUUUGCCCUCUGUUCGUCAAGUUUACAUUACCUGAAAUCCUGUGUUGCCAUUAACUUUUUAUUUUAAAACUUACUAGCAGUUCCAAAUGGGCUAACCUAAUAAUGAUGUCUGAAUACAUGGUUUUUCUGCAUGUUCCAGCUCUUCCCCCACAUUGAUGAAAGGGUAAGCAUCUUAACUGGUGAUUUGCAACAGAUAUAAGGCGCCACUUAUAUACUGCAAACAGGUGGGAUUAGCCUGAGUAUAAAUUCUGAAUCCUAGCAAUAUUUCUUAGAAUGUCUUUUAUAGGAUAGUGAUUGCCAAUACCAGUACAAUAGAUUAAUGCGUUUAAAAAUCUGACCUCUGUAUUUAAAUAUCCUUGUACUCAUUCCUAGUCUAUGUAAACUGCCUUUUUAAAAUGGGAAAAUAUGUUGAUACUUGAACAAUAAGAUCUUCAUGAUUUUUAUUUUUGUGCAUCAAACACUGACAAAAUAUGGAUUUUAAUUAAUCUGAUAACUUUAGCUUUUGUCUGUGUAUUUAGUGCAGUGUUGUACUAAGAAGAGUUUUCAUAAUCUAAAACCAUAUUAUUUUAACACAGUAUUUUGGUAAUAUUUUGGCAUGCCUUAAAAUUAAAAAAAAUCAUACCACACAAUCAUAUUAAUCUUAUUCUUUUGGAAUAAGUACAUUAGGUGCAUGUGAUAUAUGGCUAGAUCCAUUAACUCUCAUGGUAUGAAAAUCCUUUGUGUUUGUUGAAAAUUCCAUUUCUGGUUGUGUUAAGAAUGUUUGCUUACUUUGUUAUACAUACAUUUACCUAAUAAAGACUAAUAGUCACAAAAUUAUAAUGGGUUAU